AUAAAUAUACAUAUAUGCAUGCUGUCCAAAGUACCAAAUCAAAGAUUAUAUCAGCUACCAUAAACAACAUUGUUUAACUUAAGUGUAGUCUUAUAUAUACUUAUUUGUUAGCUAAUUAUAUUUCUAGAUCAAAACUAAACCAAUUAAGUGAUUUAUUUAUUUGGGAGUGAUAUUAAUUAUAUAUAUAUAUAUGAAGAGGGCGUCGUCAUCUCUUCUCCAAAUACAGCCCCCGACUUACGGGAAUUUGAUAACGAUUCUCAGCAUCGACGGAGGCGGUGUUAGAGGGAUUAUUCCUGCUGUUAUCCUUGAAUUUCUCGAGUCACAACUCCAGGAGCUGGAUGGUGAGGAAGCAAGACUUGCAGAUUACUUCGACGUGAUCGCAGGAACGAGCACGGGUGGUUUGGUGACAGCUAUGCUAACUGCUCCGGACACGAACAAUCGUCCUCUCUUUGCUGCUAAAGAUAUCAAGCCGUUUUAUCUUCAAAACUCCCCUCAAAUCUUUCCUCAGAAACGGUGUGGCUUGUUUGGAUUGGUGGCGAAGACGUUGAAAUCCGUGGGCGGACCAAAGUACGAUGGGGAAUACCUUCACCGAGUCGUGAGAGAGAAACUCGGGGAGACUCGGUUGCAUGAAACAUUGACUAACGUUGUCAUUCCUACUUUCGAUAUCAAGAAUUUGCAGCCAACUAUUUUCUCUACUUAUGAGGCCAAAGAGACCACGUCAUCAUCUUUAGAUGCAAGAUUGUCUGAUAUCUGCAUAGGCACAUCUGCAGCUCCAACUUAUCUGCCUGCAUAUUACUUCAAGAACCAAGAUAAACAAGGCAACACUCGUGAAUUUAAUCUCGUCGAUGGCGGUGUUGCAGCAAAUAAUCCGGCUUUAGUAGCCGUAAGCCAAGUGAGCAAGCAAAUAUUUGGCAGAAAUCCAGACUUCUUCCCUAUUAAACCUAUGGACUACGGACGUUUUCUCGUGAUAUCAGUGGGCACGGGUUCCGCCAAGGCGGAGAAGAAGUACAGUGCAAAAAGUGCGGCGAAAUGGGGUGUUUUAGGGUGGUUGCUCAACGGCGGCUCCACCCCGAUAGUGGAUGUUUUCACCCUAGCCAGUGCCGACAUGGUUGAUUUUCAUCUCUCUGUUGUUUUUCAAGCUCUUCAUUCUGAACAAAACUACCUUCGCAUUCAAGACGACAGUUUAACGGGAACGGUUUCAUCGGUGGACGUUGCAACGAAGGAGAAUUUGGAAAAGUUGGUGCAAAUUGGGAAUAAUCUAUUGAAGAAACCAGUUUCGAGAGUCGAUCUCGAGACGGGUCUUUUCGAGCCGAUUGAUAAUGGAGGCACAAAUGCUGAUGCUUUGAUAGAGUAUGCAUGCAUAAAUAUAUUUAAUUUAUUGAUCAGUCUUUUGAUGAAUAUAUAUUAAUUCAUUCAAUAUAUGCAUAUGUAUUUUUUAGGUUUGCAAAAUUGCUUUCAGAAGAAAAAAGGCUUCGGGAGUUGAAAUCACCUGUGGUCCGCUGAAAUUAAGCUCAAAACUAUUGGAUAUUUGGAUGUAUUAUAUCAUAUAUUAUUGCUACAUAUACAGAAUUUUCUGUUUAUUAUUUUUUAUUCGUUUAUUUGUUUCUGUAUAUAUGUAUAUAUUACAUAUCUCAGAUCAGUCUGUAGGAAAAAUGAAAAUUUGUAAUAUUAAAUAUAUAUUGUGUGUCUGAUUAGAUAUGGUCAUGAUUGUAUUGUAUAUAUACUAUUCAAUAAAAUUUAAAAUUUGUUUGUGAUGUUGAUCGAUGAUAAGUUACUUAAUACUUUAAUAUGAUAAUUUACAUGUGGGGUUGGUGAAGUGUCAACAUUUUUCUUGUUAAUUAACAGUACAGAUAAU